UUCCAAUCCACUCUCUCAGAAUCUGUAGCCACCUGCUCUUAGUCACUGCUGUGUGUCAGUCUCCCUUGGCACUAGAUACAAUGGUGAUUAGGGUAGCAUAAUGAGCCUUUUGGACUGCUUGCAAACCAUGAACUACUGCAUCUUUGAGUUUUAAGGGCUUAGCUUAGGACUAGGGGAUAUGCAUGGAAGCCCAAAUCAUUGGUGUCCUUUAUCUGUGGGAUCGAAGUUUGUCACUCAGCAUCCUGAACAUUGUGUGCCUUUAAACAAGGCAAAUCUGAUACCAUAAUUUGGACAACAACUUAGCCAAAGCAUCAAUUCUGUAUAUGGAGGCCAAGUAGUACUAACAAACAUGCAAAUUCUAAUUUUAAAACUCAGACAAACAUUUUACAGCUAAAACAAUCCACCCCCUUUUGGCUAAAUAACUGAACAAAAUUUCCCGUACAAAGGCAAAGUUCAAUAUUUUCAUUUCUGUAAAACUCUGACCCAUGUCACUUUUCAUCAGUGCUGCACUAUCUGUGAAGUCCCCUUGUAACCUAGAAGAGUUAGCUUCCUCCCUAACAUACUUGGAGAAAGAUUUGGGCAUACCGCAGCAUUUCAUUUCCUCUUUGUCUAGCUUGAUGAUAACUCGUCACUUUUCAAACUGUGAAGAUGAAAUCAGGAGAAGAGUGUGAAAUAUCAGUAUAACAAUGGCCACUUCCCACCCCAUGAGACAAAGAAGUGAAAGGCUUAGUGAUUUGUAUGACGAUGAGCACUACAGAAAACAUUCAAAGCUUCUAAAUCCCAGGGACUUCCUGACUUCAGUUGUGAGGGCCAGCCACACUGACAUCAUAGAUCCUUCCUGCAGUCACAAUGCUACUAAGUCGCCCUAGGGAAGAGGCCCCAGAAACAGGAAGACCUUAGUUAGGAUGCAAUUACAAUUCCUUGGUACAUUGGCUUCCUCAGAAAAAAGAAAAAAAUCACAGAGAUUGUUUUUCAAAAAUAUCAAAUCUACAAAAAAUAAAGCUGGAAAAGCAAGCAUCAUGAGUUCAGAUACAAAUGUAAACAAAAGUGCCUCUCCAACUGCGACUGCAGAGGAACAGCCAGUUGAACCUGAUGGCCCCCUUCCUGGCUCAGACAAUAACCAAGAAAAGAAAGUAAGAUUAUCUCCAGCCAAAAUGUCAACCAAGAAUUCUACAGAUCUAGUUGAAUAUGUUGACAAGAGUCAUCCUUUUCUCCCCAUCAUUCCAAACACCCAGAGAGGUCAGCUAGAAGACAGACUGAACAACCAGGAGCGUACCAUAGCUUUCCUUCUUGAACAAGCCUUCCGCAUCAAGGAGGACAUCUCUGCUUGCCUGCAGGGGACCCAUGGCUUUCGAAAAGAGGAAUCGCUCGCCAGGAAGUUACUGGAAAGCCACAUCCAGACCAUCACCAGCAUCGUCAAAAAACUCAGCCAAAAUAUUGAGAUUUUAGAAGACCAAAUAAGAGCUCGAGAUCAGGCGGCCACAGGAACUAACUUUGCAGUACACGAGAUAAACAUCAAACACCUACAAGGAGUUGGAGAUCUUCGAGGAAGAGUAGCCAGAUGUGAUUCAAGCAUUGUGAAGCUUUCUGGAGACAUUCACUUAUUCAGGCAAGAGUACCGGCAAAUUGAGAAAGCCAUUCAAGAAUUCGUGCCCGCCCUGGAAACUCUUUCCAAGAACUUGGACAUGAAGGUGAUGCAGCUCUUAGGAAAGAUAGAAACUGCCAGUUCUGAGCAAACCUCGAAUUUAAAGAUGGUCCAGGGGGAUUAUCGCCACGAAAUGAACCUUUUGGAAUUCAAAUUUCAUUCACUUUCAAGUAAUCUGUAUGAAGAAGUUGAGAAUAAUAAAAAAUGGACAGAAAACCAAUUUCUCAAAUAUAGAAAAGACCACCUGGGCCAUAUAAAUGAAUGUCUGAAGGUCCUGCAGGAGAAACUGGAAAAGUCUGAAAAUAAAAUGGAAGAAAAACUGCUGCAGCUUUCAAGCAAAGUAGAGAAUUUCAUUAACACACAGAAACAGGAAACACAACUAAGUAAAGUAAAGCAUACGGAAGAUAAAUUGUCCAAAAAGAUGGAACAAAUGGAAAAGCAGAUCUGGGGUGAAUUAGAGACAAUGCAGAAUGAAUAUCAAUCAGGAUUUAAAUCAAUUCAUGACUCUCUCAGCUCCCUCCAACAAAUACAGAAAACAAAGAUGGAUUUAGAGAAAUAUAAAGUACAGAAAGACCUAAAGAAAUUACAGCGCAAGAUAGUGGAACUCCAGGAAGUAUAAACCUUUUCAGUCAUCUUCUUUUUCACCAGCCAACGGAGUGAUUUGUUGGAAAAAGUUCUGAAGAAGAAAGUUACUAUCUCUGGGAUGUUUACUGCUUCUAAUGUCUCCUUUUAAGGAGACAAAUGUACCAGAAAAAUAAUAAAGCAAAGAAGCUUUGGA